AUGUCCGCAAUUGGAUCUUUGAUAUUCUGUGUCGACUGCGGCAAUCUUCUAAGCGAAUCCACAGGCGAUGCCAGCACCAUUCUUACAUGCGAUAUCUGCGGAACCCAGAACAGAGCCUUAGAUCGCGCUUCCAGGACCAUCGUUUCCGAGUCCAAACCGAGUGCCUUCCCAUCAUCUCUCCGAACGAAAAGUUCUGCUGUCCGCACAUUAUCUGAGCAGGGCAAGCAGGAUGAUGCUGUGAUCCAAGAGACAUGCCCGGAUUGCGGUAGGACGGAGAUGAGAUACUAUACAUUGCAGCUGCGUAGUGCAGACGAAGGAAGUACUGUGUUCUACACUUGCGAAUGUGGGCAUAAGUAA